CAACCAACUACUAUGUCAUCAAAUAGUGAUGUUUCUCUUUCUACUUAUGAUGAGUCUUUAGGAUCAAAACUUGCCUUAAAAGUUAAGGGGCCUCCAUUUGUCCCAAUUGGAAUAGCAGCUUUUGCAGCUAUUGUAGCAUCUGGAUUAUACAAAUUGAAGAGCAGAGGGAAUAAUAAAAUGUCUGUCCACCUGAUUGACAUGCAUGUGGGAGCUCAAGGUUUUGUAGUAGGAGCAAUGACUGUUGGUAUGUUGUAUUCCAUGUUUUGGGAAUACUGGGCCAAACCCAAUCCUUAGGAAGAAAGAUGCUCUCCUCAUGCUGAUGAUGUUUUAUAGAGCUUGAUACCUCACAUUGAGGUUUUUUAUG